AUGGACAGCGACUCGGCGGACGAGAGCCACGUCGUCGGCGACUAUGUCCUUGGCAAAACCAUCGGCCGCGGCACGUUUGGCAAGGUCAAGGCCGGCACGCACCUCCCGACGGGCGAAAAAGUGGCCAUCAAAAUCCUCGAGAAAUGCCGGAUCCUCGAAGUGGCGGACGCCGAGCGCGUCGCGCGCGAGAUCAAGAUCCUCAAGCGCAACUACCACACCAACGUCAUCCAGCUCUACCAAGUGAUUGACACGGCCCAGAGCAUCUACUUGAUCAUGGAGUACAUUGACGGCGGAGAGAUGUUUGAGCACAUCGUCAAGAACCACCGCAUCCGGGAGAAGGACGCGGUGCGCAUGUUUCUCCAGAUCGUCGACGGCCUCGACUACCUCCACCGCAACGACGUCACGCAUCGGGACCUCAAGCCCGAAAACCUCUUGCUGCACGCGCACCCGUCGGGCUUGAUUGUCAAGAUUGUCGACUUUGGUCUGAGCAACACGCACGAACAGAACCGACUGCUGCGCACCGCGUGUGGGUCCCCGUGCUACGCCGCGCCCGAGAUGAUCGAGGGCAAAAUGUAUGUGGGUCCGAAAGCAGACAUCUGGAGUCUCGGCGUCAUCCUCUUUGCGAUGGUGUGUGGUUUUUUGCCGUUUGAAGACAACAACACGAGCAUUCUAUACAAGAAGAUCCUCUCGGGACAGUACAAGACGCCCAACUACAUCUCCUCCCUCGUCCAAGAUUUGAUUCGCAAAAUUCUGGAAACGGACCCGAUCAAACGCUUUAGCCUCGACGACAUUCGUGACCAUGCGUGGUGCAAAUCGGUCGAAGCACAGAUGCCCAAGGUCUGCUCCAUGUCUCGCAUCUCCCUGACCAACCCGCUCGUGCCAGUCGUCGCGGCCAAUAUCAACAAGAUGGCGCUCAUCAAGCUCGAAGAGCUCGGUAUGGACAAGGAGGCCGUGACACAGUCGGUCGCGACACAAGCAUACAACAGUCUCAGCGCGAGCUACUACCUCAUUGCUCUGAAGCUCACGCGGCCCGUCGAGCGCACGGCCAAGCGGCGGCGGUACUCGGCCUACAACCGGAGCUCGGACCGUGCAGCUCUCGAAGACGCGCAAAUGGCCGUCACGAAACCCAAGCCUGUCAAGCCUGUCUUGCCGACGAUCGAGGAUACCGCUGGGAAAGAGAGCGUGGUGGUGCCGGCGGCGACCGUCGACGCCAAGCCACCGACGACGACGACGAGUGAGCCGCCGAGCAGCAGUGCGCCGUUCAAGCCACCAGUGUCGCUCCGAUCAGGACGCAACCUUGUCGAGGCGGCGACGCCCGUCAGCAAUGGAUCCGGCGUCGUGCCCGUCCCGCCGACAGAAACAAAGGAGGCGGCGCCAAAGCCGCGGACGCGCGCCACCAUUUCGCUCGGCGCGGUCUUGGCCCCGAUUCUUCCGGGCGC